CACGCAGGAACUAACUUUUAUAUAUUCAGACCUCAAAUAAUGCAAAGAAAACAAGUUCAUAUUCAUAAAGUUUUAAGAGUUCAGAAAUCAAUAUUUGGUGGAAUAACCCUGUUUUUUAAUCACAGUUUUCAUGCUUCAUCUUGGCAUCAUGUUCUCCUCCACCAGUCUUACACACUGCUUUUGGAUAACUUUAUGCUGCUUUACUCCUGCUGCAAAAAUUCAAGCAGUUCAGUUUGGUGGAUUGAUGGCUUGUGAUCAUCCAUCUUCCUCUUGAUUAUAUUCCAGAGGUUUUCAUCAUUUUUAACUGGUAUCUUAUUUUUUUCAGAUUUUCUCACUCUGACAGUCCAACUUGCUGGUGCACUCUGAGACUGAUACCUGCGGAGGUCGAGAUUGUUGCUGUGGGUUUCUUCAGUGAAGAUAUGCUGUGCUCCUCUGCUAAUCCAGGCAGUGCCUGCAGGCUGCUGGUUACUCUGCUGUAUGGACUGGAGUCUUACCUGGAUUCUACAGAGGACAGCAGCUUCCUACAGGACAUGCUGAUGGGCAACACCCUGCACGUCCUCAUCAAGCUCCAUGAAAGGCUGCAGAGGUUCGAGGCCCGGCGUCCGUCUCCGGUGCAGGACGAUGCUGGGGGUCUGGCGCGGGAGCUAGCUGAAGAGCUGCGAGCUUUACAGGCUAAACCAGAGGUGGUGGAGUUGCUGAGAUUGCUGUCUAAACCCCAUGUUCAGGAUCUUCUAUCAGUGCAUGAUGCCGUUGCCCAGAAAGACUAUGACCCCAAACUUCCACCACUGCCAACUUUACCCUCUGAUGAUGAUGAAGAUGAGGAAGACUCCAUCAGGAUUGUCCGAUUGGUCAAGAGCAAAGAACCGCUGGGAGCCACCAUCAAAAAGGAUGGGUCGACUGGCGCCAUUGUGGUAGCCCGGAUCAUGAGAGGAGGGGCUGCGGACAGGAGCGGCCUGAUCCACGAAGGGGACGAGCUCAGGGAGGUCAAUGGAGUUCCAUUGGAACACAAAAGGCCCGAGGAGAUCGUUCCUAUCCUGGCCAAGUCAGACGGGGCAGUGACCUUCAAAGUGAUCCCAGGCUCCAAAGAAGAGCUGGAAGCUGAAGGCACCAAGAUCUUUGUCAGGACGCUCUUCGACUACAACCCGAGAGAGGAUCCCGCCAUUCCAUGUAAGGAUGCAGGUCUGGAGUUCAGGAGGGGCGAUGUGCUGCAGAUAGUGAGCCAGGAAGAUGACACUUGGUGGCAGGCCAGAAGACACGGGGACACCAAUCUUAGGGCUGGACUCAUCCCCUCCAGGCAGCUUCAAGAAAGGAGAGUGGCCUUGCGGCGGCCCGAAGCCCUCUUCCACGCGGCGGGAGCGCCAAAGCCCAGCGCCGACAAUAAAGAAGAAGAUCCAGACUACGGGGCUAUAAGCGGAAUACAUAUAGCUGGUUUGAGGAGAAGUUUCCGGCUGAGCAGGAAGGACAUCAGAGUGCAGGAGACCCAAAUUAGAUGGAGGAAGAGUCAAAUCCUGGUGUCCAAGAACUUUCCCAGCUAUCAAGACGUGGUUCCAUACAGCAGAAAGCCUGGAGAACCCUAUCGCCUGGUUCUUCUGGUCGGGCCCAGCGGGGUGGGCGUAAGUGAGCUGAAGAGAAAGCUGCUGCUCUCGGAUCCAGAACACUUCAGCGUUCCUGUACCACAUACGACCCGCGAGUGCAGAAGACACGAGAGAGACGGAGUGGAGUAUCAUUUUAUCUCCAAACACAUGUUCGAAAAUCACAUCCUCAACCACAAGUUUGUGGAGUACGGAGAACACGGGGGACACUACUACGGUACCAGUGUGGACUCGGUGCGCACGGUUCUAGCGGAGAGCAAGGUCUGCCUGCUGGAUGUGGAACCGCAUGCCGUGAAGACGCUGUACACAACCGAAUUCAAACCAUAUGUGGUGUUGGUGAAGCCUCCAGCCAUGGAACAGCUCAGGAUCAGCCGGAGAAGAGCUAGAAUCCUGUCUGGGUGCGGCGAGGUGACACCAACGAGGACGUUUUCGGACGCAGACUUUGAGGAUAUGAUUAACACAGCCCAGACGAUGGAGAACAAAUACGGCUACUUAUUCGAGAAGAUCAUCGUUAAUGACGACUUGGCCUUGGCGUUCGCGGAGAUCAGAGCCGAGCUGGCCAGACUUGAAAAAGAAACCAACUGGAUCCCGAAGACGUGGCUCAGGCCUGAGCAAUUCCAGUCAUAUGAACUGAUUACAGCAUAAACUGUUGCAACUUUUGGGUUUUUAUCCUCAUAGUCAAAGUUAAACAAACAGUGCAGAAGAAGAACACUGUGAUUAGGAGACUGUAAACCAAUCAAAAACAUGUUUUAUAGAGCUGAGUGCACUGUGUUCAGGUAAAUGUAGAGUUUCCUGCACUUACUUUUGACUUUUAUUUGAUUUCAGACAGUUUAAACCCAAGACAUUUCAUAUUUUAUUUAUUAAUAUACAGUACCAUCUAAAGGUUGGGAUAUACCUUAAAUUCAGUAGUUCAUCAUUAUUUUAAAAUUAUUUAGUGAAUAAAAAAAAAAAGUGUUAAACAAACCAGAAUAUAUUUUAUAAUAUUAUAUUCUUCAAAGUAGCUCCUCUUGCUUAGAUAGAGGCAGUUUUGCACAUCUUGGCUGGAUUUUUUGAUUUUCUCAGUCAGCUUUAUGAGGUAGAGUCACCUGGAAUUUCAGGCUUUCAGUUAACAGCUGUGCUGAACUCGUCAAAAGUCAUCUCGCCACCUGUCAUUUUAGUGUGGGAGGUUUCAUGGCUAAAUUGGAGCAGCCUGGUGGCCAAUCUUCAUUAAUUGCACAUUAUUGCACCAGUAAGAGCAGAGUGUGAAGGUUCAAUUAGCAGGGUAAGAGCACAGUUCUGCUCUAAAUAUUAAAAUAUUGCAAUGCUUAUUAUGGGUGACACACCAGAGUUCAGAAGAGGACAAAUUGUUGGUGCACGUCUUGCUGGAGCAUCUGUGACCAAGACAUCAAGUCUUUGUGAUGCAUCAAGAGCCACGGUAUCCAGGGUAAUAUCAGCUCAGCAUACCACCAAGAAGGACCAACCACAUCCAACAGGAUUAACUGUGGACGCUGUAAGAGGAAGCUGUCUGAAAGGGAUGUUCGGGUGCUAACCCGGAUUGUAUCCAAAAAAUCUCCUGUUUCCACCAGAACUGUCCGUCACCACAAUAAAUUAUUGUGGUCUAAAACCAGGUGUUUCAGUUUCAUUGUCCAACCCCUGUACUGUUCCAACAUAGAAGAAUGGUGUAAGAUCUCGAUGAUUACGAGACUGUAAACCAGCUGCUGAGUGCACUGUGUUCUUGUAUUGAUUAAUUCAUUACUGAGCUUCACUGUUGAGUUGGGAAUACGUUCAUGUGUUGGAAAGAAAACAUUCCUAAUUGCUUCAUGUCUGUUGUCCAGCGUUUGGAUGUAAACUGCUGAGUAAAGUGGACUCCUCCUGUACUCCGCUCUGCCGUUGUGUACUGCUGUGGCUCAUGUUUUGACGUUAAUCGCUAGCAGACAUGGACUUUCCACAACAAGAUGUGUUCUCGAUUUGGACUAAUCUGGGUGGAGCAAGGGCGCGUUCCUCUUUCUGAACCUGGGACUCGGAGAAGGAACUCUGGACGAUGCUUCUGAAACACGUCCAGGUAGCCCCGGCGUACAAACACCACCAGACCGGACAGAUUUCCACCGAGCUCGAAGAGAAUAAACAAGGUUUCCGAUUUUCGUCUGAUGUUGAUCGAAGCCUGAGGCUUAGAGUGAUUUAAAUGAUUUAAAGUCAUCCGAGUCUCCUGCUCCUCUGAAGAACAUUGACUUAAGCCUUUAGACCUGGAGUCUGGAGACAUCAAUCCAUCAGUCAGAGGUUCUCCAAGCUCAAAAAGUUUAGUGCAAAGGUUAUAUCGCGUUUUUUUUUUACCAUGACGGAAAGCCAAGAGGGCUAACGGUUCCCAUGCUAUCUUUUUCUACAGAAGCUGUGUUUGAUCUGGAAGAGCGAGCCGACAUGGUAGUGACAAGGUAGUGAUACAGAAAGGUAUGAAAAUUUCUUGGAAGCUAGCAGGUCCUCCAGAAGCCAGAAGCCAGAAGGAAGAGGAAGAGGGGUUUAUUUUUUAUUUAGCUCUCAAUAUAUUAAAGCUGAAAAGCAUUAAAAGAAUUAAAGACUGACAGGAGAUUUCCUUGGGUCAAUCUGGCACUUUUACAAAUGGCUAGUUUGUGCUGGAUGUCUGUCGUACGUAGUGUAAAGUGUACAGUGGUGAUUCUGUCUGGCCAAUCAGAGCUCUGCAAGGUUUUAUACAUCACAUUUUAAACCUGAUUAGACUUAUUUGGAUCCAUGAAUGACUGAAGACUAAAAACGACCUGGUUUCAAGUACUAGUUAGCAUAUUUGUCUAAUGGAAAAGCAAAAAAGUUGAGUUGAAUUGAGUCGAGUAGUCUUAAUACAAUACAAUGUAAAGGGCUAUUAGUGUUCUCCUGCAAGCGUGUUGAUGUCUGUCAAAAAUUUUGGAUGUUCUUAAAACAUUUUUAUUUAUCAUAUUUAAAUGUCCUUGUAAUGUUUCUGCAACAUCUGAAACUAAGUUUUAGU